AUGCAUCUUUUUCUUGCAUUGGGCCUGUUAAUUGUUUGUGGAAUGGUUGGUGCAACUUUCUACAAUCCAAGAAGUCAGACAUAUAAUCAGUUGAUGGAAAGGCGGCAAAGAUCUAUUCCGAUCCCAUAUUCCUAUGGAUAUCAUUACAAUCCAAUAGAGCCAUCAAUGGGAUUAGAUUCCAGAAUCGACACGUUCAAACCUUUGUGUCAGAAUGUAAAAACGUCUACCCAUGACUUGAAUUCGGUUCCAAGGACUCAAUAUCAGCUAAAGAAUCCUCUCUACGAUACAGAGUAUAUUUCAGUGCGGGACAUCCCUAGUUUAUUUCCGGAAGAAGAUAGCAGCUAUGACUACAAUUACCUAAGUUCACCAAUAUACAAAUAUCUAACAGGGCCAUCAACACAAGAAAGUGGCAUUUCCAUAAACCUACUAGCUAUCAAAAAGACAUCUGUCUUCCCUACUUACAAAUCUCCGUACUCAUCGGAUUCUGUGUGGAUCCUUGGUUCAAAAAUUCCAAAUACCGUCUUUGAAGAUCCUCAAUCAGUAGAAUCGGAUCCAGAUACUUUGAGAGUAUCAUCUCCCACUGUAAAAAUAGUAAAACUAUUGCCUGAAACGUCAGAACAAGAUUCAAUCUUUACGACAACAAAAAAUGAUGAAUUGGAUUAUAAAACUACACAAGAAACUCCGACUGAAGCUGAAUUGUAUCCUACAACUUCAGAAGAACUCCGGACUGAAGACGAACCGAGUUAUAUAACAACAGAAGAAACCAUGACUGAAGAUAAAUCGAAUCCCAUAACUUCAGAAGAACUCCGGACUGAAGACGAACCGAGUUUUAUAACAACAGAAGAAACCCUGACUGAAGAUAAAUCAAAUUCUAUAAUUACAGAAAAAACCAAGACAGAAGAUGAAUCGAACUCUCUGGUGCUUAAAGAAGACUCGACCAAAGAAGAAUCAAUUUUUACAAUAACAGAAGAAACCCUGACUGAAGAUAAAUCGAAUCCCAUAACUUCAGAAGAUUUCCAGACUGAAGACGAAUCGAGUUUUUUAACAACAGAAGAAACCCUGACUGAAGAUAAAUCAAAUUCUAUAAUUACAGAAGAAACCAAGACAGAAGAUGAAUCGAACUCUCUGGUGCUUAAAGAAGACUCGACCAAAGAAGAAUCAAUUUUUACAAUAACAGAAGAAACCCUGACUGAAGAUAAAUCGAAUCCCAUAACUUCAGAAGAUUUCCAGACUGAAGACGAAUCGAGUUUUUUAACAACAGAAGGAACUCAGACUGAAGUCGACUCGAACUCUAUACAAUUUAAUUCUAUCAAAACAGAAGACAAAUCGAAUCCUAUUACAACAGAUGAAAACCAGCAGGAAGACGACGAAUCAAUGUCUAUGACUUCUCAGGAAACAACAACAGCUUUUAAUCUAAAUGAUGCGCUUUAUACAAAUAGAUUUUCUCAUUCAUCUAUUAUUUUAAGAAUAAACGAUUUAAUGAAGAAAAUUAAAGAACAACAAAAUAAAUCUCAGUUUAGGACCAUAGGCGAAAGUGCAAACCAACAAUUUGAGCCACAGUUGACCAAUGAAGCUGAUACGUACGAAGAAUACUAA